AUGGUCAAACAGGAGCUUGGUGCGUUUUUUGGACCCCGUCGUCUUUAUUUUGUAUGCGGCAAAGUAUACAAGGAUUUGUCGUACGCUAACAAGGUGGUCCAUUGGUUUGUGCAACACAAGUUGCCAGUGAUGCCAGUGACGCCAACAGGCGGUCAGGUCGAUUUGACCACCGAUAGUUUCACUCAGACAGUAACCGAAUUACCAAAGUUGAGUGUUUUCGAAUCAAUUGCAGCUGGACUGUCUCAAUACCCUGCUAAAAAGGCCAUCGACGGCAUCAGUGUAUGCUUUGUGACCCCUCCGCCAAUCACACUGUCUAUUUUAGAGCAGCUCCAAACUGCACCAUUCUCUGUGCAAAGCGUUUGGUUCCAACCGGGCUCGUGGGAUUUGAAAUGCAUCGAGUGCGCCGAACAAAAGCUGCAUAUCGAUAAAUCCAAAGUCAUCAACGAUUGUGUGCUGGUAAAGGGCGAUUCUUACUUCGCCAAAAGCGAGCUACCGCUGAACUCCUCGUAA